AUGGAAAUGAGCAAACCAACUGUAAACAUUGGCUACUACAUUGGUAGUAAUUACGUUGAAGAAGGUGAUGGGAAGUACUAUUACAACGGUGGGAGUACAAACAUUGUUCUAACAGAGGAAGACUACUCUUCUGGAACCUGUUUGUACAAGAAACAUGUCCAUAAACCGGAAUAUGGUUCAAAAAUUGGGAAUAUUCAUUAUAAUAAUGGCUGGGUUACCCUUUUUCCUGCUCCAAAAGAUUACUAUAGUGUCACUGUCUAUUAUGGUGAGCAUGAUGAAUUUCAUAAAUAUCCCCUAAUUCUCCAACUUGGAGACGAUUACUACACAACAGCGAGUAAUCAAAGAUGGAACAGAGAUAUUUCGAUAACUAGCAUUAGUCUCAAACGAAACCUUGACAUUCAAAACUGUGCUAGAGCCUCUGUUCACAUCGUAAACAUUUCUCAGACUAGAGGAAUUUCAUGUUCUGGAAAAAGUGGUUACCAGAGACCAAGUGUGACAGCUGAUAAGUCUAAAGAAAGAAUCCAUGGAUACACAAGAUAUACUCAUUCCUCUCAGCCCAUAAAGCCAUUUUCUGUCUCACUAUUUAUCGAUGGGAGCAUUCGGCAGACUGGCAUAAUUCCUCUUCCAAAAGAUGUGAUGGAAAUUAAUGUAUACUUUCCAGUAAGCCAUCAACAACCCAUGCUUAUCCAUUUUGAACAUGAAGGGGAUAAAUGGUUCAAAAGAAUUUCCCCUACGGAGAACAGCUGGAUUGAGAUAACUGCAGGCGCAGACAACAGACCCGAAAAUAAGAGCGACCACGAACAUAUUAAAAAGAAUAUUAAAGUGCUUACAUCACAUGGCAUUUAUGGGAAGACACAAAAUCACGGAACAGGGUCACAUCCUUACACUGAGCAUAACCUUGUAAGGAAUACAGAGGAGAAACAUUCCUCUCUAACCAAAUACAAAAAAAUAGACCCCAAAAAGAACUUUAUAAUUAUGCCAUCGUCAACAGUUGCAAUACUGGGAGUAGCCAUGGCAAUAGUCGGAACCGGCCUUUUAUACAUGGGACUAAGGACCUAUAUCAGAAUGCACUCUAGGCCGUACAGGAUUAUAAGACUCCACUAG